GCUCAUGUUCAGGGAGGAGCGCGAGACACCGAUUCAGUCCCCGUCAGAGAGCGCGAGCUAGCGCGUAGUACACACAAGAAAUGGCGCAAGCUGAAAGAUUCCCGAACUUCGCUAACUUCGCGACGCGCGGCAUGUUCGCUCGGAUAUUACUGCUCGCGAUCUUUCGCGCGGCGCAGGCAAACAAGCAAGCUUUUAUCCAGACAGACACCAUCCUAGAGGUGUUUCACUUUGGUGAUGAAGGCCUCCUUCAGGCAGAGCCAGACAUAAACUCAUAUCACCACAAAAGCUUCCCCCUUCCUGGAGGCAACAGCAGGCCCAUACGGUUCGAGCCGCCAAUGCUGGACUUCCACGAACAGCCGGUGGGGAUGCCCAAAAUGGAAAAAGUUUAUUUGCACAACCCCAGCCCAGAAGAAAUCAGCCUGAUUUCGAUAUCAGCCACAACGGCGCAUUUCCACGCGUCGUUUUUUCAGAACAGGAUAAUCCCGCCGGGGGGGAACACGUCGUUCGACGUGGUGUUCCUGGCGCGGGUGGUGGGCAACGUGGAGAACACAUUAUUUAUUAACACCUCCCACCACGGGGUCUUCACAUAUCAGGUGUUUGGCGUGGGGAUCCCCAACCCAUACCGGCUCCGCCCCUUCAUCGGGGCGAGGGUCCCGGUCAACAGCAGCUUCUCCCCCCUCAUCAACAUCCACAACCCCCACAGCGAGCCGCUACAGGUGGUAGAGAUGUACUCCAGUGGGGGGGACCUCCAUCUAGAGCUGCCCACGGGGCAGCAGGGUGGCACAAGGCACCUAUGGGAGAUCCCUCCGUUUGAGACCAAGGGGGUGAUGCGGGCCAGCUUUUCCUCGCGAGAGGCCGACAACCACACAGCCUUCAUCAGGAUCAAGACCAACGCCUCGGACCCCGACCAGUUCAUCAUCCUGCCCGUGGAGGUGGAGGUCACCGCCGCUCCUGGGAUAUACUCCUCCAUAGAAAUGUUAGACUUCGGUACUCUCCGCUCACAAGAUAAAGCGAAGCAGUUGAAUUUACACCUGCUCAACUCGGGCUCAAAAGACGUGCAGAUUACGAGUAUCAGAGCCAGUCCGGCCAACGAGGCCGUGACGAUAGACUUCAAGGCAAUCACGCUCAAAGCCGGGGAAAAUAAAUAUACCAAAGUCGCAAGUAUUAGUUUUGAUGCCUCCAAGGUCCAGAAGGCGUCGCAGUCGUUGGGAAAAAUUACCGUCAAAGCAAAAGAGAAGAGCUACUCAAAGCUGGAGAUACCGUACCAGGCUGAGGUCCUAGACGGGUACCUGGGCUUUGACCAUACCGUCACCCUGUUCCACAUCCGUGACAGCGUGACGGAGGUGCUGGUGAAACCCAUCCAUCUCACCAACACCUUCCACUUCGCCAUCCGCGUGCACCACGUAGCCCUGCCCGACGACGCCAGCGCCAUGUUCAAGGUGCUGAACUUCACGGACCCCGUCCUCAUCCCCUCCCAGGGGUCCCUGUACAUCUUCUCCCUGGAGUUCCGCCCGCUGCGGCCCUCCACCCACGUGGACAGCAACAUCCUGCUGGUCACCAACGCCUCCAAGUUCCACCUGCCCAUCAGGGCCUACACCGGCUUCCUGGAGCCGCUGGCUCUCCCCCCCAGCCUGAACCCCCGCUUCCUGGACUUCGGGGUCCUGAGCGCCACGGACACCAGCAGCAUCCUGCUGACCGUCUUCAACAGCAACCCUAUAGAGCUGGUGCUGCGGCCGUGGCAGGUGACGGGGGAGAGUGUGGUGGUGGAGCUGCUGAAGACGGAGCGGGGGAACCGCACCAGCCUGCUGAGCCGCUCCCGGGAGCUGCUCAACGCCACCGCCUCCACGCACAAAACGGUGAUCCUGGCCUCGGGGUACUAUGCCGUGUUCCGGGUCACCCUGUCCGCCCGGGGGCUGGAGGGCCACUACAACGCCGCCAUACACAUCACCACCGACUAUGAGAUUCUCACCGUACCGGUGAAGGCGGUCAUCGCCGUGGGAACCCUCACCAGUCACCCCAAACACAUCGUACUACCACCGUCGUUCCCAGGUAAAACGGUCCACCAGAGCUUCAGCAUCAUCAGCUCCUUCUCCCAGCGGGUGAAGCUACUGCACAUCCGCUCGUUGAGCGACGACAAGCGCUUCUUCUACCGCCGGCUGAAGACCAGCCGGGACGAGCUGGAGCCUAAGAGGAAGUCCAAGGUGGCAAAGAUAUAUUUUGAUGCCAGCCUGCAGUGUGGGGACUACUGCUACGUGGGCCUGCCCUUUAUUCUGAAAUCGGAGACCCCGGGCCCCGGGUUGGCCCUACAGGAGGACAUGUGGGACGCAGACGUGGACCUCUACCAGAUGUUGAACAAGAGGUGGAAGGCCCUCAAGGAGAGCUCCCAGCACAUAGCGGAGGCGGUGUUUGAGGCCAACGCGGACCUCCAGAAGAACAUGCAGACGCGCGUCCUGGCCCAGCUCAAGUGGCCGUCCAUCAUCAACUCCUCCAGACACGUCAUCUUCCCCCUCACCUCCAUCAACAGCUCCUCGGAGGUGGAGGUGACUCUGGAGAACCCUGCUGACAGCCGUCUCUACAUUCAGAUCCUCCCCCUGGCGCUCUACUCCAACCCCACCGCUGUCACUCACACGCUGGCCCAAACUUUUCCCAUGGAGCGACUUCCCAACUUUGACGCCAGCACCCUGGAGUUCCAGAUCCACAGGAACCAGUCGACAGCCCCCCGGUCCUCCGGGGGUUUCGUGGAAGGCGCCCCCCGGCCCCACGUCUACAACGUUCCCCUGAACCCCGAGGAACACCGGAGGCUCAGGCUGCGCUUCUCCCCGCAGGGCAACCACACGGUGACCUCACUGCUCAUCCUCAGGAACAACCUGACGGUGGUGGAGUUCCUGGUGGUGCAGGGCCAGGGCUGCUACGAGCGGCUCAAGUUGGGGGGGAAGUACCCGGGGCCGGGGGGCUUCCUGCGCUUCAAGAUGGUGGAGUCCCAUCUCAAGGAGUGCACUGACAAGAACCGGCCGAAGGAGCCCAACUUCACGCUACGGCGGUCGUUCAAGGUGGAGAACACGGGCCGGCUGCCCAUCGUGGUGCGGUCCCUGGAGAUCAACGGCCGGCCUUGUGAGGGCUUUGGCUUCAAGGUGCUCCACUGCCAAGAGUUCUCCCUGGAGCCCAACGCCUCCAGGGACAUCGUCAUCAUGUUCACACCGGACUUCACGGCGUCGCGGGUGAUCCGGGAGCUGAGGCUGAGCACGGCGGGGGGGUCUCACUUUGUGUUCUCGCUCAACGCCUCGCUGCCGUACCACAUGCUGGCGUCCUGCUCCUCAGCCCUGCCCCGGCCCAGCUGGGAGCUGGAGCUCUACAUCAUCAUCUCAGUGGUCAUGAGCUCCAUGUUCCUGCUGGUGGUGGUGACGGCCUACCUGGAGGCCCUGGGCAUCUGGGAGGGGUUCAAGAAGAGGCUCUGCUACGAGGCGGCCAUGGUUCCCCUGGAGACCGGGAAGCCCUUCGACCUGAGGGAGAUCGUCAGGCUGCAGAACGCCGCCUCGCACCCAGUGACGGCUAAGCCCAGCCGUGGCCCCGGGGGUCCCGGCCGGCCCUCCCCCCAGGCCCCCUCGCCUCCCCCGCCGCCUCCCCCCCAACAGCAGCCCCCCCACCCCCCCCAGGCGGCGUCCCGGGCCCCCGACGGCCCCGUCCUGGGGGGCCAACACCCCGGUCGCAAGGCGCGCUCCUCGGGCCCCAAGCAGCCCCAGGCACAGGGCUCGGGGCCCGGGGCCCCCGGGGGGGUGGCGGCGGGGGGGUCGGGGGUGAGGGAACUCCCCCCCGGGGCUGGGGGCCACGAGGAGCAGGAGUACAACAAGCUGCUGGAGGCCAUGGAUAAGGAUCUGGAGAGGCCGGAGAUGGAGAGGGAGGAGCUGGAGUCCCCGCCCUGCCCGCAGAUCAAAGGGGCCAAGGUCAAGCUUCCCCGAAAGCCCAAGGUGCCCAAGAGGAGGGAGGAGGCGGAUCUCCGGCCAAAGGCGGGGAAGGGGGAGGAGCCUCCACGGGAGGAGACGGACGACAGCUCAUCGGUCGCCACGGACACCAGCACCACGGACACGGAGGCCAGCUUCAGGGAGGAGCUGGCGGUGAAGAGGAGCCAGCCUGAGAAGGAGGAGCAGAGCUUCAAACCCAAGAACAAGAAGCAGCAGCCAGCCAACCACACAAAGGACAAGAGUCUGAGCUCCAGCUCUCUGGAGCUGCCCUACGUCACCCCGCUGGAGAACAAACGCAAGGCCUUCACCUCCAAGACGGCCCUGGGCCCCGCCCUGACCGGUCCCGGGUCCCCCGUCGUCACCAAGGUCCUCCCCUCCAAACCCAGAGUGCCUCGAGGGAAGUUGGAGGAGCUGCGCCCCUCGCCGCUCGCCAAGCACCUCCCCAGCCCCGCUGUGGGCGGUGCCGGAGGAGGAGGAGUUGGUGUUGGAGGAGGAGGAGGAUGUGCAGGGAGGAGCAGCAGCGGCAGCAGCUCAGAGGGGGAGAGCAACGUGUCGCCGCCCCCCGAGUGGGACUGUGUCCCGCUGCUCAAGAACACCAGCGCGGUGGACAGCCUCCACCAGAUCUCCCUCCAGACCAUGCAGGCCGACCCUUUCCUGAAGAGGCCCAUGAGAACGCCCCCCCCGCCCCCUCCCUCCUCCUCCUCCAGCUCCUCCCUCUACCCCGGUGCCGGCGGCCUGGGACUUUCACCACUCUGUGACCUGGGGUCAAAGGUCACGCCAGCCCCCAAAGGGAAGCUGAUCAAGUCGACCUCGCUGCCGGGGCAGAACGGGAACCCUACCUUCGCCGCCGUCGCCGCGGGUUAUGACAAAAGCCCAGGGGGCAGCAGCUCUGGCCGCAGCCCCAUUAGCAGGACGGGCGUGGCGCCGUCCACCUCGGUGGACAGUGACUGCUCCGACAGCCCCGGUCCUCUCAGCCCCAUCGGUAACGGCCGGGCAACAUCGGGUAUGAGCAACACCUUCUCCGCCUUCGGCAGCAACAACCUGUUCAACCUAUCAGGAGUGUUCAGCGGUAUGACGUCGGCCCGCAGCGUGGUGGAGCCCCCACCCAGCUGGUCCGACUUCGGCCACCUGUCGUCCCCGGCGCCCUGCCCCCCACCCCCCACCUCGGCCUGGCCCAGCGAGACCCUGGAGCCCUGGCCCUGCAGCACCGCCUCCACCGGGAGCACCACCACCUCCAUCCUGGGCAGCAGCAGCCUGUGGUCGUCCAGCCCCCCCUUCAGCCCCUCCAUCUGGUCCACCAGCGCUGACUCCUCCCCCCUCCACACCUUCUCCUCGCCACCCGCCCCCAACCGCCACCUCUCCGACCUCCUGCUGGGGGGGGACGUCUGCCCCCCCUCGCCCGCCUCCCCCCAGGUCCCGGCCUCGCCCGGCCAGCUCAGCCCCGCCUACAAUCCCUGGAGCAUGUGGCGCCCCACCCUUGGGGGCGGCAGCAGCGGGGGUGGAGCCGGGGGCGGCGGGCAUCGACGGAGCUCCGAGCCGUGGCCGAACCCGGACGCCAACGGCAACUGAUCGUCAUGACGGCACCCGCAACCACGACGGCCGCGUCUCCCCCCCUUUCUCGACGUUCAGCCCCACCCUCCCUACUCCACCUCCACCCCUCCCUCAACCUCCACCCUCCCUACUCCACCUCUCCCUGUUCCUCGACGCUCACCCCCGUCCUCCCUACUCCACCUCUCCCUACUCCACCUCCUCCACCUCUUCUUCGAUGCUUACCCCCGUCCUCCCUACUCCACCUUUUCCUCUUCCUCCACCCCUCCCUCGAUCUCAACCCUCCCUACUCCACCUCUCCCUACUCCUCCUCUUCCUCAAUGCUCUAUUCAUGGGCGGUCAGCCCCACCAUCCCUACUCCACCUCCACCCCUCCUUUGACCCCAACCCUCCCUUCUCCUCCUCUUCCGCUACCUCCACCCCUCCUUCGACCCCCACCCUCCUUACUCCACCUCCUCCUUCUCCACCCCUCCCUCUAUCCUCAGCCCUCCCCCAUCCUCUUACUGGGUGGUGGUGGGUGGGUUCUAGUGGGUAGGGUUCUCGCCCCCCCCCUCUGCGCUAUGAUCCAGGUACAGACAGUACUACCUCCUCCCCCAGGCCGUGGUUGUUGGUUUGAGUCCCUCGGUCAAGAAAAGCUUGUUAAACUUUUCAUUUUUAUUUUUAAUGCCAAAAAAUAACCAACCCAAAUAUAUAUUUUUUUGCAUUCGGUGCUUUCUGAUUUGUGAUCUCACAAAGUAAUGACCACGCCCCCUGAUUUGGAUUUCGGAAUCGCUAAAGUGAUCAGAUGUGUUUGUUUAAGGAUAAACCUGUUUUUGUUUUUACAGGAGAGAGCUUUAGAGUUCGGUCUGUCUUGAAAAUGAGCUCCGAUCUGCGACCGUUUAUCUGCCGUUUAUCGGACGUUAAUCAAACCUCUUCGUACGUCCACGAGACUCCUUAUUUAUUAAUUUAAAGUCGUUGAUAAAGGCGCAAAGCGUAAAGUCUAGGGUUGGCUGCUGUAUUCUCUCCUGACGGGAUUCGCCCAACCAUUUUAAGUUGACUCCUACAAAGGCUUUUAAUUAGAAAUGCGGCAUCGCAGCGUUUAAGUUUGACCUAAGAAAAAAUCGUGUCUCUUGCUUCAGCGAGGUGACCUUCGAAGCAUGCACUUCAGAGCAUUUACCUUAUCAGCACCCAGCUUCCAGAAAGCUAAAUUGUUGGGUGACAUUUUUAAGUUUUU